AUGGAGAGAACCUAUUCAUAAUAAAUAUUUACUAAAAUUAUGAAAUUUACAAAACAAUCUAAUUAAAGUAGUCAAUCGAGGUUGUUACAUAUAUAUUGUAUCAUGAUUGUUUGUUCUAUGUUUUUGUCAACAACAUUUUUGAAAUGUAUUUAAUUUAAGAGAGACAAAAUGAGAUGAUAUCAUCUAGCUAAAUUUGAAAGUUAUAAUCAGAUUAUUACUGGCGUAUAAUUAAAAAGCAACAAAUCAUCAUAUGGAUUACAGAAUCAAGUUUGGAUUAUGUUUAAUUAGAUUCACAAUUCUAACCAAUUCAAUUCAAUUUGUUUAUGCGUUUUGAUAGCAAAUAUUAGUAGUGGAGAUCAAUUAGAAUUUGACAUUUGUGACUAGAAACUGUUAAAUAUUUUCAACUUAGAAUGUAUAGAAAAUAUAACAGUUAGUAUAGAAAAUUAUAUCGAUAUUAUUCAUCAUUUUAAAUGA